AUGUCUUCGGCCGAGGAGAAGAAAAUGCCUGUGGCUGGCGAGGACGCCAUCCACCCUGUGACAAGCAACCAAGUCGCACGUGGUGAUGACAACAUCAAGCAAGCCCAGUCCAAGGAAGCGGACCAGGCAGCAAAGUUCCUUGCGUCUGUCGGGCCAUUCCCUCCCAUGACGCCAGAGCAGGAAAAAGCCAUCGUCCGCAAGAUUGACCGAUGGAUGAUUCCUUUGUUGCUGUUCAUGGGACUUUUCGCCGCUGUUGACAAGGUUCAACUUGCAACUGGGGCUCUGUACGGCUUCAAAGAAGACAACAACCUCCACGGCCAGGACUACAGCUGGCUUGGGAGCAUCCUCUCCCUUGGUAUGCUUGUUGGUAUCUGGCCCUCGACUUACCUUAUCCAUCGACUCCCAGCCGGGAAGUAUCUCAGUGCAUGCUCUAUGUGUUGGUCUCUGAUGACCUUAUGCAUCGCCGCUUGCCACAACUGGGCCGGUCUCAUGGUCUUACGCUUUCUUAUGGGCGUUUUUGAAGCCAUUAUAAGCCCUGGUGCCACACUUCUCAUCUCAGUAUUUUGGAAGAAGUCAGAGCAGCCCAUUCGUAAUGGCAAAUUGAAAACGAUGGUUUCUGACAUGUACCCAGUCAUCAUGACUGUAUUUAGCUCUGUCGUGAAUGGCUUCCUGUCGUGGGUAAUUGGCAAGAUUCCAGCUGACGCCCCUCUCGCCCGCUGGCAGUAUCUCUACCUUCUCACGGGCAGUAUGAAUGUUCUCUACUCGAUCUUCAUGAUCUUCUACCUGCCGGACUCACCCAUCAACGCUCACUUCCUCACAGUCGAAGAGAGAUGGCACGCGGUCCAGCGCCUGGCGGAGAACCGAACCGGCAUCGACAGCAGCGAGUGGAAGUGGGACCAGGCUUGGGAGGCUGUUCUCGAUGUCAAGAUCUGGAUCAUGUUCUUCUUCAAUAUCGCCGUGAACGUCCCAAACGGGGGUCUCAUAACUUUUGGUGCACUCAUCAUUAACAAUCUCGGGUUUGAUGCUCAGACGUCAGCUCUCUUGUCCAUGCCAAAUGGUGUCAUCUCCUCUGCUUCGGGCUUCUUGGCCUCUUACUUGGCUGCAAAAUGGCAAGGUCGUCGCACCUUCGUCGUCAUGCUCGCUACUCUCGUCCCUCUACUCGGUACCGCUCUGGUGUAUGCCCUCCCAAGGUCGUCGACUGGGGGCCAGAUGUUUGGUUUGUACUUAAUGUACUGCUACUGGGCACCAUAUGUUACGGCCAUCUCGCUACCACAGGCCAACACCGCGGGCAGCACGAAGAAGGUGGUCACGUAUGGUAUUCUUCUUUUGGGAUAUGGAGCCGGUAACCUGAUUGGGCCUCAGACCUUCCGUGAGGCGCAGGCUCCUACAUACACUGGUGGAACCAUUGCGAUGCUGUCUUGCUACUGCACGGCGAUUCUGCUGAUGGGUCUCUACUUCAUAGUUGCCAGGCUUGAAAAUCAUCGCAAGGACAAGAAGUACGGCAAGGCCCAUCAAGUCGAAAAAGAGAAUAUGGAUGCUCUUGUGGAAGUUUACCAGGAUUUGUCUGACAAGAAGCAGGAGGACUUCAGGUACACACACUAG